GACCAGUAGCAUUCCCCCUACUAGUGUGCAUCACUACAUUCAGGAUAAAGUAUUUAUCGGUUUAGAUGAUGUUGAUAACUCGUUUGGACUAUUGGACAGACUCCAGGGACCAGAUGGAUCCUAUUUAAGUCACAUAACUAGUACUACCGGAGCUAAAGUCUUUUUGAGAGGGAAAGGAUCCAAGUAUAUUGAACCAACCUCAGGGAAGGAAUCCUUUGAAGCUCUUUAUUUAUUUAUUAGUCAUCCUAGUUCUGAUGGAGUGAUGUCCGCUAGAAAACUUUGUGAAAACCUUAUUGAACAUGUCAAGUCAGAUUACGAUGCUUUUAUGAUGUCGAAAAUUCGAAACCCUUACAAUCAACCACACCCACAAGCUCACCUCUACCCACCUCAUGGUUAUGCUCUGCCCCCUCAUCCACCGCCCACACAUCCUAAUUAUCAUCCAGUUCCUCCUCCACAUCAUCACGGACAUUUUAUGGAGCAUUACAAUCCAUCAAUUCCAGGCCCUCAGCCCCGCCCAUUAUUAAUGCCGCAGUUAGCUCCACCUACUUCCUUUGUCUCACCCCCUCAGGCUAUAGCACACACCCCCAAUCAUUUUCCGCAGGUUGUUCCUGAUAAUUAUAUUCAUGAGCCACUCCCACCUCAUUAUUACGGGAGCGGUCCCUGUCAGCCAUUAAUGGGCGGUACCCUACCUUC